GCCGAUCAGUUCUAUUUGAUUUUGCUAAACAACGAAUCAUGUUUACAGGUUCCUGAAGUGGAUACAGCUGUAAGGUCACUAACAUUAUGUGGGAUGGAAGCUUGGUAGUUGCUGCUAACAAUCAUGGAACCUGCUACGUUUGGCGGUUGUUACGAGGAACCCAAGUAAGUUAGCGAGUUCUUUAGUAAAAACAUAUUACUGCACUUUUCAGUAUGUUACACUAUGUUACCUAAAAAAUUGCAAUAUGUUUGGCAGACAAUGACCAACUUCGAGCCGCUCCAUAAACUACAAGCUCAUAAUGGAUACAUCCUCAAAUGUCUCUUGUCCCCCGGUUCUGUGAACCUCACCGGUAUCUGGCCACUGCAUCAUCAGACCAUACUGUCAAGAUAUGGAAUGUCGAUGGUUUCACUCUAGAGAAGACUUUAACAGGUCAUCAAUGUUGGGUGUGGGACUGUAUUUUCUCUGUAGAUGGUGCUUACCUUAUAACAGCGUCUUCUGAUUCAACAGCAAAACUGUGGUCAAUGUCAACUGUUGAGGACAUUAGAGUGUAUCAAGGCCAUCACAAAGCAACUGUCUGCUGUGCCCUUCAUGAUGGCGCAGAGCCAUCUGCAGCCUAAAGCAAUUCAUCAUAUCCUAUGUCUUGUCGCCCUGAAUCCUUGCAGCGUGCCUCUGUUCGAUAUGCGACCAACAUGUUCAUCCAUUGCUACACUGAUCAGUUUUCCCUGAUGUGUACAUAGCUCUCUGCUUUCCUGAAACAUCCCCUUCAAUUUAAGUACGGACUUCCCAUUUUUAGGCUGGAUAUGCAAUUCCUAGAUGAAUCCGUUGCACGAAGGAUUAUCGAUUCGACACGACUCGUUAAUUAUUCAGCCAGGUCUGCUGCUCUGUUCCAGUACUCAUUUUAAGAGCCACGUAAAUCCUGAUGCAAUUUAGAACUCGAAAUAUGAUAAUAAUCAUACUUAUGGGGAAAUUUUAAUACAAUUAAAGAAAAUAAUUACUAAUUAUACACACUUCACUUUUCCUGUCCAGUAAAGCAUCGUAAUCAUG